GAUAAAUAAUUCUAGCUGCCGUUCUGACUUCUAAUAAACCACGACAGUUUGAAUAAAUACAGUAUGAAGACGGUUGAAGUGUGAUAGUGGACAAUCUGCCAUCAGACUAAGUUGCCGACCUUGGAGUCAUUAUCAUCAUGGCUAUGAAGCGGUGAUUGUUAGAUUACCUGUCAAAGUGUAACAUGGAGAAAGUUUCGAAGUCCUCCAAGCUUGAGUUUAAAGAUGUAAUGGUGUCAACUAAAUCUAAGGUGCUACUGAAGAAUGUGUCUGGAUCAGCGUCUAGUGGUGAUCUGCUGGCCGUUAUGGGGCCUACAGGCGCUGGGAAAACGACUUUUCUCAAUAUAUUGGCGGGAAGAGUAUCAGGUGACACUGGGACAAUCACGCUAAACGGAUCACCGUUAAACAAAACACAGCGACGUCGCCUUGGUUACGUGUCGCAGGAUGACAUAUUCUUGUCAAACCUGACGUUGUGGGAAACACUUUACUUUACAGCGAUGAUACGUAUACCAGACCAAGUAUCACAACAGGAAAAGACCGAGAAAAUAUAUAGUGUUGUCGAUUCGCUCGGACUGAAAAAAUGCCUCCAUACACCUAUUGGUGAUAUUUUCUGUCGUGGUAUAUCUGGAGGAGAGAAGAAGAGAGCAAACAUUGCCUGUGAACUGCUGACAGACCCAGACAUACUUCUAAUAGACGAGCCGACUUCCGGUUUAGACUCUAGUACUGCACACACGCUGAUGGUUCAGCUGAAGAACUAUGCCACAGAGUAUAACAAGACGAUAGUGGCAACAAUACACCAACCUUCCAGCCAAGUAUUCCACAUGUUCUCCACCUUAUUGCUGCUCGUGGAAGGGGAGGUGGCAUACUUUGGUUUAGCCAAUAUGGUGAAAGAGUAUUUCGCUAGCCUUGGAAUGACAUGUAGUCAAUAUUAUAAUCCUGCCGACUUCCUCAUGGAUAUUUUGACGAAGGAUACGAUCAGAAAUAUGAAAGAAGAAGACAUAAGGAAUAUCCAAAGUCUGCAGCUGCCGACUGGUCGGCUGGACGGACGUUCUGCUACAGAAUCAGACAAAGAAGGAGGAACUGGACCAGCAGGGUUGCCACUUACGCUUGUUGGGUCAUUCCCUGAUGCCAGUAUCCAUGUAACAGAUGAUAACUAUAUUGUCGAAGGGGAUACAACUCGCCGAUGGCCAACAUCCUUCUGGACACAAUUUAAAAUGCUGAACUGGAGAUCGUACAAGCAAUCCAAGGGAAGAAUACUGCACAAAUUUGACCUGAUUCAAUCUGCUUUCAUUGCAGCGUUUGUCAGUAGAUUGUUCUACCAAACAGAGGAUUCGGUCAACACCGUCCGAGAUAGAAUGGGCUUGUUAAUGAUCUCCUUGACAUACUGGUCCUUUCAAAUGUUAAUCACCACCCUUUUAGGAUUUACUGGUGAGCGGGCGGUUGUCAGCAAGGAUCGUUCUGCCGGGGCGUACCGACUGUCAGCCUAUUACCUCGCCAAGAUUACCAGUGAGAUGCCCCUCCUACUGUGCGUCCCCCUCCUGUUCAACACUGCCGUGUACUGGUUGGCUGGUCUGGGAGGUGUGGACGGCUACUUUGUUUACAUCGGUAUUGGUAUCCUCAACUGUCUAAUGAUACAGAGUUUGGCUCACAACCUUGGAGUGUUGAUUAAAGACGUCAGACUGAGCAUGAUGGCUGGAAACGUGAUCAUUAUUGAUGGACUAUUAUUAGGAGGUUUUCUCAACAUCAAUCCACCUGAAUGGCUGUUGUGGGUAAAGUACCUCACAUUUACACACUACCCCUACUCCGCCGUUAUGACGUAUUUACUGAAGGAUAUGACUGACGUUUGGUGUAACCAAACAAGCACAGAUAUCUUCCCACAAUGUCUAGGUAAUAUGAAUGAAGCACUGACGUCACGUGACAUACUUAUAGGGAUCGGCGUGGAUCUUCCUAUUUAUUGUUACAUCAUGACAAUCGUGUUUGCCGUCUUGAUUUUCUAUGUACUUGGUUAUUACUUGUUGAAAUGGAAACGAGUAUGACGACAAAUUAUACACUCCUUAGUUUUCGGAGUUGAUACUAUCGUGGAUAAAUUUCCAGUAAUGUUUAAAAUAUGAUAAUUUUUGCAAAAUGUAUAAUUGUUACUGUUUGCAAAUCUGUUGGAUUUGACUUUCGGAAAGUACCUAUUAAGAUUUACACCAAAUACAACCAUAUCAGUGUUCUAAUAAAAAAAAAAAAAUUGGUCAGGCAUUUUAUGGACCUGUUAUACUAAACUCCGUGCGCGCUCUGUUCACUAAACCACACAUGCCUAUGAAUAGGGUCACAUUUCUGAUAAACUGUAUGACUUUACCCAGAGAAUGCUUGAGUUCUUUCAAUUUCAGUUUUAUUCAAAUGGAUGUUGCGAUGUUCAUUUCACUUUUUGCGUACUAUUGACAUCAACAGAUUAUAAUUACUUUUGCACUGCAACCGUCUAUAUGAACAUUACCAGCUGAAAUGCUUUUUAUUUGAGUAUGAAAGCAAACGCUCUCGUGAUGUAACACGUUGUUUACAUAUGACGUUAUAGAUUAACCUUGUUCAAUGAGAGUCUUGUCGCUUCGCUUCGGAUAAUUUGGAAAAUGCCCAUGCGUCAAACGCUCAAAUGACUACGUUUUACGGUGCACAUUUUAUUUAAAUAGGGCUAUUCGUUUAAAGGAUGACGCAUAUACAGAACGUAGUAAAUUAAUUAAUUAUCUAAGAACAAAUAGAUAAAAUUAAACAACUGUUUUAAAGCAAAAAAGGAAAAUAUUUGGAU